GUGCGCUGUUAUUGCCUCUUUUAUGUCAAGGCUGUGCGCGUGACACUUCUGUGUCGCUGUGUUUUCGGUUUGGGCGGGUUUCUUUGUCAGAUUCUCCUAAAGCUACAAAAUGAGGGACUGGCUGUUCAACAUCCAUGAUGGUUAUCUGGAGAGCCUGUGCCGAGGAUUCAAAAACGGCAUUCUCAAGAACAAUGACUACCUGAACUUGGUGCAGUGUGAAACUCUUGAGGACCUGAAGCUGCACCUGCAGUCGACCGACUACGGCCACUUCCUGGCCAACGAGGCCGGCCCGCUGUCCGUCACCACCAUCGACGACCGGCUGCGCGACAAACUGGUGCUGGAGAUGCAGCACAUCCGCAACCACUCGGUGGAGCCGCUCUCCACCUUCAUCGACUACAUCACGUACGGCUACAUGAUCGACAACAUCAUCCUGCUGAUCACGGGCACGCUGCACCAGCGGCCGCUCUCGGAGCUGCUGCCCAAGUGCCACCCGCUGGGCAGCUUCGAACAGAUGGAGGCCAUCCACGUGGCUUCCACGCCGGCAGAGCUCUACAGCGCCGUGCUCGUCGACACGCCGCUCGCGCCGUUCUUCGUCGACUGCAUCUCGGAGCAGGACCUGGACGAGAUGAACAUCGAGAUCAUCCGCAACACGCUCUACAAGGCCUACCUCGAGUCCUUCUACGGCUUCUGCAAGAGCGUCGGCGGCACCACGGCCGACGUCAUGUGCGAGAUCCUGGCGUUUGAGGCUGACCGUCGUGCCAUCAUCAUCACAAUCAACUCGUUCGGCACGGAGCUGAGCAAGGACGACCGGAGCAAGCUGUACCCGCGCUGCGGCAAGCUCAACCCGGACGGCAUCGCCGCUCUGGCGCGCGCCGACGACUACGAACAGGUCAAGGCCGUCGCCGAGUACUACGGCGAGUACCGCACGCUGUUUGACGAGGCCGGUAACAACCCGGGCGACAAGACACUCGAGGACAAGUUCUUCGAGCGCGAGGUGCGCCUCAACAUCAACGCCUUCCUGCAGCAGUUCCACUACGGCACCUUCUACUCGUACCUGAAGCUGAAGGAGCAGGAGUGCCGCAACAUCGUCUGGAUCGCUGAGUGCGUCUCGCAAAAACACAAGGCCAAAAUCGAUAACUACAUCCCAAUCUGGUAGGAAUUCGAAAGACACGGUCGGCGACUUCCAUUGGAUGGGGGCGUGAGAACGAACAGCGCCAGAUGGACGGCGCUGAUUGGUCCAGAUCUGGGCAGUCCGUGGCGCUGAUUGGUCCAUAUCUGGGCAGUCCGUGGCGCUGGUUGGCGGAGCCUGAUUUUCGGGCACGCUGAUUGGCUCACGAGCCUGAAUUAUUAGCCAGUUCGAGGGCCUCUGACUCUGCUAUUUGAAUAACCCACUGAAAAAGAGUGAUCAAUUUAGGUGAAAUAAGCCCGCAAGCCCAUUAGGUAUAUUCUGUCAGAUUUACGUUAUAUCUUGUCUGAGGCCGCUGUCUGACGUGUGUGUCGGAGUCGCGUUUUUAACCGGAGCUGGCACUGGCGAGCUCCGCCCUUAAUGUUGUGUCCCAGAACCCAGAAAGCUAUCACGCGAGCUCUGUAUGUAAAUGUUGAAUGGCCGGAUAGACUACACUUAUGUCGAUGGUCCGCGCAAAUCAUGUGUGCGUGUGUGCAAUUAUUGAUUUAUAUACCUACAUUUUGUGAUGAAUAAUUGUAUAGUCGUAUGCGGCUGCAUAUAUGCGUUCUGCGGUGUCGUGGAGUCCUUGCGGCCUGUCAGUAGGGCGGAUCGACUGUAGCGCGGCCGCUACUGUACAUUCCAACCGCCGGCGUUCGGCGUUCGGCCGCCGCCAACGUUAGUAGCAGGCGCCGCGGAGGAGCCAACAGAAUAAAGCCACGAACCGACCGA